AUGCUUGCCAGUCGGGCAUCACAAGUAACGCGCCGGGCGGCUGUCUGGUCUCUCGGCCGGACCUUUGCCACCGCAGCAACGCCAAGUCCUAUCGCAAGCACCAGCACCACUACUCCGCCGGUGCGGCCGGCCUCUGCGAGUCACAAGGUCCUCGUCAUUGGCGGCGGCUCGGCCGGUCUGACCGUGAGCCACCAGCUUCUGCGUUCCGGACGGUUCGCACAGGACGACAUCGCCAUCGUCGAUCCGGCCUCGUGGCACCACUACCAGCCCGGCUGGACGCUCGUUGGUGGCGGGCUCAAGAACAAGGAGGACUUGCGAGCGCCCAUGAGCUCGCUCGUCGACGGCAAGCUCAAGCUCUACGGCGCCGGCGUGACGUCGUUCAGUCCGACCGACAAUGCCGUGACGCUCAGCAGCGGUGCCACGAUCGGCUACGAGCAGCUCGUCGUUGCUCCCGGCAUCACGAUCAACUACGACCAGAUCAAGGGCCUGCCCGAGGCCCUCGCCGACCCCAGCUCGCUCGUCUCGACCAUUUACGGCUACGAGACCUGCGACAAGGUCUUUCGCACGCUCGACCAGCUGCGCAGCGGCAAUGCCAUAUUCACCCAGCCGUCCGGCAUUGUCAAGUGCGCCGGCGCACCGCAAAAGGUCCUCUGGAUGGCUGUCGACAAGUGGACGCGCGACGAGCUCUACACGCCUGCCGAUCUCGCCGCCUCGUCCAUCAAGAUCAGCUUCGCCACCGCCCUGCCCGCCAUGUUCGGCGUGCCCAAGUACAGCCAGAAGCUCGAGGAGCUGCGCGUCCAGCGCGGUGUCGAGGGCCUCUUCCAGCACGAUCUCACCGCCAUCGAUGGCGACAAGGCCACUUUCACCCUUGCUAACGGCGAGAAGGUCACUCGCCAGUUCGACCUCCUGCAUGUCGUCCCCAAGAUGGGCCCCCAUGCCUUCGUCGCCAAGAGCGUCCUCGCCAACCCCGGCGGCCUGGUCGAUGUCGACGACGCCACCCUGCGCCACAAGAAGUUUGCCAACGUCUGGUCCCUUGGUGAUGCCUCUAGUCUGCCAACUGCUAAGACUGCUGCUGCCAUCACGUCGCAGUCGCCUAUCCUGGUUGCCAACAUGCUGCAGGCCAUGGACGGCAAGGACCCCCAGGCUGUCUAUGACGGCUACACCUCCUGCCCUCUCAUCACCCAGUACGGAAAGGUCAUGCUGGCCGAGUUCAAGUAUGGUGGCGAACCCAAGGAGACCUUUGGCGACUUCUUUGGCAUCGACCAGAGCAUCCCCCGCCGCUCCUUCUACUACCUCAAGAAGGACUUCUUUCCCUGGGUCUAUUACAGCUCCAUGGUCAAGGGCACCUGGGCCGGCCCCAAGGGCUUUAUCAGCUAG